AUGCUAAACCUGUCAAUUCGUCGAAGUGCUACUUUCCUAACGCUACUCCUAUUGCCUGCGCUUGUGCUGGCUGUGGCCUGUUCGAGCGCAGAACCGGAGGCCGAAGCGCCUGCAGCGCCUGCCGCUGCGGCUACCCAGCCACCUGCUCCCACGACUCCUCCUGCUGCGCCUGCCCAGGCGGCCCCUACCGCGGCUCCUGAGGCGAUGGCAGAUAUCGCACCGCCCAGAGCAGCGGACUCGAACGCGCAGACGGGUGGUGUCCUGAAUGUGGCGUACUUCCGCAAGGCUUCCAGCCCUGACGGAUACCAGGCUGGCGGAACCUUCGACCGCAUGUACUUCUUCACGGGCAACGAGGUGCUGGUCGCUAUCGGCAAGGACAGCAUUUACGAUCCCGCCGAGUCUCUCGCGUAUUCGUUCGAGGUCGAGGACGGCGGCAGCCGCGUGCGAUUCAACCUCCGCGAAGGCGUGCAAUUGCAGGGAGGCUUCGGAGAGAUGACCUCCGAGGAUGUCUCAUCAAGCCUGAACCGCUGGUUCGAUAAAGCGUCUGGGUGCAGGGGUUGCCCGAGCACCUUCCGUUCCGUAACUGAGAUCAAGACCAUCGACGACUACACCGUCGAUGUGGUGAUGGACCCGCCGGAUGCGAACUUAGUAGUCAAGAUGUUCGACAGGGGCAGCAUCGUUCACUCCAAAGAGAACUGGGAAGUCCAGGGAGCCGACGACCACAAGAGCAACCCCAUCUCAACGGGACCGUACAAGCUCGCUCUUUGGGAUGUGGGCGUGACGCAGAACUGGGUGAAGCAUCCCGACUGGUGGCAGCGUGAGCCAUACGCGGACGAGGUGAACGUCCAGAUUAUCUCGGAGACACGCACGCGGCUGGCUGCCCUCCAGACAGGUGAGGUGAAUGUGUCAUGGCUCCAGGCGGAGCAGAUUCCCACCGCACAGAAGGACGACAACAUUGAUGUUUGGGACUUCACCGGUGUUGGCUGGGACGGCUGGGUGUGGAACCACGGGCUUACGCCUUUGGACGACCUGCGCCUGAGGCGCGCACUCAUCAACCAGGCGCACACUUUCCCCCCCGAGUCGCCUUUCGGCAUAGACGCCAAGGACCUCUGGGAAGGCGAGCACCUGCGGUAUGAUCUCGACGAGGCUAAGGCGCUGGUCGAGGCCGUGGCGCAGGACAAGGGCUGGAACUGCCGCUGCAACUCAGCGGUGUCUGACCAGCUGGAUAUGCUGUUCGCAGAGGCGUCCCAGAGCUUCGACAGCGCGGUGCAGAUAGACAAGUACAAGCAGAUUCAGCGCAUUGCGCUGGAGAACCUAUACACGUACAUCCCGGCGAUGCUGCGCGUGAACUAUGUCGGCUGCCAUACGCCGACCACGGGCGGCUGCGAGACGAACCCGAUGCGCGGCGACGGCUUCGUGCGCAACGGCGACUUCUGGUUAAAGCAAUAG